CGGACCGGCGACGAUCGUAGUGGAGUUUACAGGCGUGCAGUUUCUCUCCAAUCUGCCGUCGUAAAUCCGAGUUUGCCGAUUUAACAGUUGGUGAUAAGUCAUUACGAAAUAAUUGUACUUGAUGCAGUGUUACGUGGAGGGUGCUGCUUUUCGACAUCAACAUGUCAAGCACAGUUUUGGCCGAUCAUUAGGCAAAAAUGCCUUCAGCUGCUGCGAAGAGGUCACACAUCAGGAUGAAACCACAGGAGGACAUGGCUACCGGUCUGGUACGCAUUCUUCCACGGCUGGCUGCGGUGGCCAUCUGCCUGCUGUUUAUCUACGGCCUCUUGUAUCGUCCUCUCAGCUUGAGCACCAUGAACGGGCAUCCGAGGCCGGACAUGAGUUGGGUACUCUCUCAGCAGGACCUGCGCCUCCUUGUCUCCAACGGUUCUCUGACUCUGAGUCCUCGCGGUAGGUGUCCGACUCUGCUGACUAUCAUCGUGUGCUCGGCUGUCCGCAAUGCUGCGGCUCGUCUUGCCAUACGCAACUCUUGGGCGCGGGACGCUCACGCACCCUACGUGCGCGUGUUCUUCCUCCUUGGGCAUAUGGUUAACGACACGCUGCAGGAUAAGGUGGAAGAAGAAAGCCGUCUCUUUGGUGACAUCAUCCAGGAAGGCUUCAUUGACACCUACAAUAAUCUCACUGUGAAGUCCGUCGUGCUUUUGAAGUGGGCAAACGAGCACUGUCCGCAGUCGCGAUUCGUGCUGAAGACUGACGAUGACAUGUUCAUUAACGUUCCCAACUUGAUAACUCUCCUGAGGACAGUGGGUCGCAAGAAACUGCUGCUUGGUUGCCUGAUUAGCCGUGCGACCCCGGUGCGAGACUGGUCAUCAAAGUGGUACGUGCCGUCAUUCGUGUAUGCAGAUCACACUUAUCCCGACUACCUGUCUGGUACGGGUUACGUGAUGUCAAGGGAAGUGGUAAAGUCUCUGCUACAGACAGCACUCGCAACACCAUUCUUCUAUUUGGAGGAUAUUUUUGUCACUGGAAUUGUGGCGCAAAAGGCGGCCGUGAAGCCGAUGAACCAUGACGGGUUCAAAUACUACAAGCGGAAGAACAAUGUGUGCAUUUUUAGGAAACUAAUCACUGGUCACAAUAUGUCGCCGAAAGAACUGCAGUCAAUGUGGGCAAAGGUCCGUGGUCGCGGCGUGAUGUGCUCCUGAUUGCGGGCAAGACCUCUGCUACAACGAGCUAUGCAAUGACGUUGCAGUAUUCCAAAUCAGGGGAAACUACACCUGAAGCAGAGGGAUGGUGCACACCAUGCCUGGAUGCAACACAUGUGCUGACAGCGCAUCCGGAGUAACUGAUCCAAAGUAUAUAAAGGUUGUGCUAUCUUUCAUAAACGAGAGGUGCACAAAAUGCGCAACAAGUUAGCCCAUGUAGAUGAAGAUGCUGCUGCAAUUGAUGUGUCCGCUGUUGUCAUUGCCUUAGAACAAAAGCUGUUGCAAUUGAAUAAGUAUGCUACAUGUGCUGUGCAUUUACUAAGCACCCAUGCACAUACAUUGAUGCAGGGCCCUUAAAAUGUACUAUUGUCUGGAAUGUUUGGGAAGUGUUCUUAAGGAAGUCUGUGUAAGUACGCCAGCAUACUCUCGAAUAUUAAGGUUUAAUAUAUGUCAAAUGUAUUUACUCAUGAUUUACAUUUGUAUAUUUAAGUGUGCAACUGAGGUACCGUACGCGUUGUGACUCCAACGGUGCUCGCUCUUGUAGUAUUGUACACAAAAUUUGUACAUCAUUUCAGAUAUGUUUAUUUGGAGCAUGUAGGACAGCCUACUCAUAUUAUUUUUAUUAUGCUAUCCUCGCAUUCCCCAAUGCUUCCAAGGCGAAGUCAUUGAACUGUUGCAUUUUAGAACAAAGACGUCAUCUACAUUGGAUGCGUGUCGCAGACUCGCUGCAUUUUAUUUUCUGAGUGAGGCACUUAGAAACAGCCGAACACUGCAUUAUUUAAUGCUUGUUACUUGUUUUUCUGUCUGUCUUUUUAUGUUUUGUGUACGUAGCAACGACACGCAAUGUACAGAAUUGUAUUUACUUGCUAGCAGCCGUAAGGUCAUCUACAAUGUUUUUCUAUAAUCGUUUACAAUAUAACAGAGGCCGCGUCUCAGUUUCAAAUAUUAUGUUCUAGACCAUCGCAUAGCAUAAGCGGGAACAAAGUUGUCAUGUUUAUUAAAUUACAAUUUGGAUUGUUCUGAGGAGCGUUCUAGUAAUAUUCAGGAACAGAUGAGCGCUUCGACAAUUCCCUCAUUAGUUUUUCUCUAGAGUCUUUCUCUAUAAAGUCCCAAUUGAACGGCAGUUGGUGAGGUAUUAGCGAAUGUACAGUCGUGUCCCGUUUCUUAGGACUCCUCCCUUCAACAUCCCUCCAUUCCAUUCCUAUGGAUAACGAAUUUCCCGACAAACGAGCGUAUGAAGCAGUGACGGUGUAACGGUAUGCUUACUGUGCUCUGAAAGUAAAUCCGUUCUUUACUUCGAAAAAGAAAAAAAAAACACGUUUUAUACGGCAUGCCCGCUUGUCUGAGCUUACAUGUCGCAUAUCUGCGAUGAGUGCCAGCUGCCUGCUCGUGCCUGGUGCUCCAUCAGCGUCACUGCACUGGAGUGGAGUUGGACGAACUUCUCUGUGUGUGUGUGUCACUGCUCUGAAGCAGAAAAGCUGUGGUCAGAUGGUCACUUGCAAACUCUCGAUAUUGGAUAUGUGGUGUCAGCGCUGUCAUGUCCUCCCUGCGCAUGAACAAUUACGGCGUCAUCUAGUCUCGCGGGUAGCUGUUGACGUUUUGUUACCGAGCGAUCCGCCUGCCGAUGUUGCGGCGUGUUGGCUGGGGGACCGCGCGUCCUGGGCCGACUUCGUAGGAAACUACCAAUAUUUGCCCUACACAGACUUGUACGUAACGGGUAAUUGCGUUACUAGUAAUCAAUUACUUUUUGAGUAAUUUGUAAUGUAAUCGAUUACUUUUGGGGCCCAGUAAUUUUUUGAGUAAUUCAAUUACAAUUUUCAGUAAUCAAUUACCAAGUAAUCGAUUACUUGGAAACUAAAGAAUCCACAUUGUUCGGGACGACGCACAUACACAUAUAUGGGAUGAUUCACCGUCGCGAGAAGACAAAACCAACUGCCCUCUGCAAGUUCGGUGCAAGGCAGCUGUCUUAUCUCUAGGACUAUCCCGCAACAAUUACUUACCCAAGGACCCCGAGGUCAAUUGCCACAGUGUUCCGCACGUGUAGCGUAUUUUUGAGUUCACUGUCCUCUCCCCAUUCAUGUGUACUAUCUAUCCGUAACCCGGCCUGUAUGCAGUAAGUUGGACUGUAGGUUGUACCGUGAACCUGAUGAGUCAUUUGUGGGAGUUCCAGUUGGGACUCUUUUCACAAAACUCUCAACCUCUGGACACAUUUUUCACAGAACUCUCGACCCCGAUAACCUAAUGCCACUCUUGUGACCGGAUCCAGGACAAUUGCUCACCGGACAAUUGCUCACCACAGAACCGCUGAAGCCGGACAAUUGCUCACCGCCUCUUUCACCGCACUUAUAUGUAAUUUUAUUUCGCGGUUUUAUGUGAUGUGAUUUUAUUUAUCGUUUAUCGUUUAUGGUGCACAUAUACUUGACUUUUUAUUUCUUAGCUGAACUUGGGUGUACCUCGAAAUAAAGUGAUCGAAAUCCCCAUUUCAAAACGAACCACUGUAAAUAAAUGUUAUCUGGCUAUACAAUGCACAGUUACGCGCGGGAAACUGCCAACAGCGAACUUAGACUAACCUGGACAUAGCGGUGCAAACACUGAACUUGGACCAACCUAAUAAUAAACUAACCACCGUACUAUUCAGUCGUCUCCGCCCUACUAAGCCUAACGGGCGCUAAAAUGUGGCUUUCGUUCGCUAAACCGACUUGGACAGAUAUAGAAAAUUCGUUAAUUUUAGUGGUUAAAUAAUGAUGUGAUUUUAAACCUUCCCCGUCUCGUGUAUUGGAAGAUCCUGGUGACGCAGGCAUGAGCGUACCGAGACGGGGACAAGGUCACUUUGUAAAAUUGCGCACUCUUUAUUCAUAGGUCAUGAUUUUUUUCUCAGAGUUAUCAUAAUAUGAACCUGUGAACACCCGCACAGUCCGCAGCGUCCGUCUCCAGUGAAGGAGGUGACGUGGUUUACACGCUUUGCCCCCCUGGAAACACUUUGCUGCCCCCCCCCCUUGGGAAAUAAUCCUCUAGGAACGCCCCAUGGACGGAGAUCCUGACAUAGACGCUUCAGGUGUGCCUUCAAGUGGACGACCUCUCGCCUCACCCUCUUCACUGGUGGAUUCCUAGAUCUAUUUGAAGCAACUUACACAGCUAAAAAAGAAGCUCAACUAACAUAAAGAAGUCAAGCUCCAUAAACGCGAAAUAAAAUCACAAUGUAAGCGUGGUGAAAGAGGCGGUGAGCAAUUGUCCGGCCUCAGCAGUUUUUGGUGAGCAACUGUCCGGUGAGCAAUUGUCCGGUAAGCAAUUAUCCGCGCCCCCUUGUGACCAUGAGCCCCUGUCAGUCUUGUGCGGAAUACUGUCGAUAUCACAACGAUGUCGACGAUCUGCAAUGACUUGUCGCCGUGGCCUCAGCUAUCCGGCAUGUUCAGAGCGCUGGAGCGAAAGGACAGAAACAACAUCUUGUUCAAAUCGUUUUCUCAGAUAUCGAAAGUAAUUGGCAAAGUAACGCGUUACUUUUCAAGGCGUUACUUCAUUACUUUUUCCGGCAAGUAAUUUGUAACGGUAAAAAAUUACUUUUUCGUACAAGGUAACGGUAACGGUAAUCAAUUACUUUUUUUUUAGUAACGUGUACAAGUCUGGCCCUACAGCAGUGCACGACAGUGCCUUCCUGCGUCCCGACGAGGCAGUUCUUUUCCGGUACAUCGUGGAAAAAUGAUGUCCUGUUAACAUUCCCAAUGGCCGCCCAUUUCUCCCCGACAGCUGAAGAACACAGAAGGAAGAUGCGUUUGUUAAUUUUUUUCAUAAUGUGAUUUUUUUUCCAUAGUUCACGAAUCCGUAAGCUGAAAAUGUUCUAAAUAAUUUUCGACAGCUCCAGACAUCAUUGACGUCAAAGUUUAUACGUUUCUCAAUCCGUGAAUUAAAGAUAUCAUGUGAAAGAGAACACCGCACCAAAAAGGUCGAGCCUCACGCAAGGGGACAGAAGAGGGGGGGGGCACAACACGAAUUCUCAAGGCGUAUUGAGAAUUAUUUGUGUUGUGUCCACCCUCUUCUGUCCGCGUCUCCCCGUCCCUCUUCCCUCAACUACGUACCAGCUAGCCUACUGUCGACUCAGAAAUCUAGUCAGAGCGGGAACCCCUCGCGUGACAUCGGCAGCUUCCCCGUGCCUUUCUUCCUCUAUUUCAUUCUUUCUUUCUUCAUUCUCAGCUCGCGCGCAUGUACACGCGCGAGUCGCAUGAUUAUCCUGCCAAGGGAAUUUCUGACGUCAUGAAGCGCCAUCCUCCUUCACUUGUUCUCUUAUAGUCCCUUUCAAGGAGUGGAGAGUUCUUCUAAUGUGCGCGCGCUGAACGUCACCUGACCUCGUCGUGCUUUCGCUGGAGCUAAUGUUAAUCGUUUCAGGGCAGGCUGCAACAAAAAUAAAUAAAUAAAUGAGGAGCCACAUCAGUGCUUCUUUAAAACGGCGCGCGGGCCGGGUCAUGAUUGGGCUUUCAUGCCAGCCAGCCGCAUGCAGUCCUAUAAUUUGCCUUACAGAGUCUGAGGAAAACCCAGGGAAAGCACCCAGACAGCACAUCGGGGUCUUGCAUAGCUCGGGGUUCUGCGAAGAUUUGAGCUCGUGGCGUCGUGUUCAGGAAAUAGUGUUUCUGGUGUCUUCUCGUAUUACGUAGCAGUACAAUGCGAAUAAUCAGUGGUACGCAGCAAUGGAGUGGUGGCCUUUUGUAGACCAGUCCUUGGACACUCAAAUAAAAUGCGCCCUUGGCUCCUGAAGAUCCGCGACGUUGAGGGCCAAGAGUCAGGCGGAAGCGAAUGGGCGGGGUAGCAUGUGUUUGCACAAUGCUAGAUGGCGAGUAGCUUCAAAAUCAAAAUAGGUAGAUGACGCUUAUUAUGUUCCCGAUGUUCUCUGACCACAUAGGGAAAUCGAAUUCCGGAUAACAGAGUGCAGUUCUAAUGAAAAUGAACCGUUGCGACGCAUUUUUAGGGACAAGGAGCUUUCCGGUUACCUCACUUCUGAUAAGCGGGACAUGACUGGACUCACAUAUAAAUACUGUACCGAAACCAGUGUGAGGAGGUUCGGUAGGUCAAAUGUAGAGGGGGUGCCGCGUUCGGACACCGGCAGACGCCGGUUUUGUUUGUGCAGUUAUACUAUGGGACAGUUAUGCCCCUGUUGGGGUAUACAGAUAUGGGUACAGGUUUUUCCCGUGGACUUUUAGUGGUGGUUAAAUUGAUUGAUUGAUUCAUUCAUUUGAUUUAAUUAUAUCAUUCUGCCUGUGCCUUCAAGCCGACAUACCGUUUGGCUGACCUUUCCUCCCUUUUUUUUUCCCGCACUUCUAAUGAAUAACUGCCCCCACCGUUUCACGAACUUCUUGAUAAAAAAGCAGUUUGUGAACAAACUUGUGCUUAAGUUGAAAACAAUAUCAAAUACCUCUGCGUGUUGCUUCAACGAUACCUCCACAAAUGUGUAAUAUGUUUCCGUUUCUCUCUCUUUCUGUGUCCUCACUAAAAUUGCGCCAUAUUGCCAAGACCGCUAGAACCUCAAAGUAGUCAACUUGUGCAAGCUUGUGCCGGUCACAUUGUUAACUGGGGAAUAAGUAGGAAACGGAAUACUCAUUGCUGAGAAUGUGCUGUCCAUAAUAGUUCGAAUACACAGUUAUUUGAUACCGGCGCCGCAUCAGUGUUGUAACAGUUAAUUUAAGUUUGAACACAAAAUGAAUGCACAUAACGAAGAGACUUCCCUAUACUUUGCCAUAUGCACUCUUCUUAUGGCAACAUGUGAUUCAGUGUUAGUUAUCCCUAGGUAUGUGUCUGGCCUGGCAGGGCCAAAACCGCGUACCUGCCUCUCAAUGUUUGUACAUAUAGUACUUCCAGUGGUGAUACUUGGUCUGAAUGAAUGCAGGAGGGCAGAGAAUCUGAAGUCCGUCCGACAGUUGGGAUACCACUAUCUUGGGAUUUGCAAGAGCAAUCUUAUUUUUAAUGCAAACUUCUUACAGGACUGUGUAAAUCGGAAUAACUUUUUGUUGUUUCUUCUUCUUGAACGUGCAUGUCAGACGAUGUCCGCUGAGGGUAACACUGCGCAUGAAGAUGCCCCAAUGAUGUCUAUAAUACUCUCCCUGUUGUGAAGAAGGGAACUUCAUUUUGAGUCUGGAGAGAGACGGGAACAACGGAGAAGAAAGCCGAAGCGAACACUGCAGGCAUACAGACAUGAUGCUUUAGGGAGGGGCACAGUACUCAGCAACUCGUUCACGUUGUUCACGUUUCUCGUUAGACUAAGGUUAGAGUUGCCGUGUUUGAAUUUACGCGUGCAUGCUUUCAUCCUCCUACUAUGUUUAUGUCAUUUCUGUCCCAUGGACAUGAUGUCUACAGUUCGAUGCAUCUACAACCUAGAAUGUCCCAGAAGAACCUGAAGUUUGUACAUCUUUCGUGGAUUUGCCAGGAAAGCGGUGGCGUGUGCAGAUUGCGUGUGAAAUGGCGCCUUGUACGUUUACUUUGCCGCAUGUUGUUCACACCAUCACCACUUCCCGCAUUUGUUUAUGGUGCUUGUAUGAAGGUGGCUUUGACUGCAGAACUAAGGAGUCUGAUGUGCAAUGAGUGACCCCAUAUGUAACUGUUGCCCGGCAUAAUUUCUUAGUCAUGAUCGAGAAACAAAUGCUUGAUUAAUAAACAUAUUGCAUUUCA